AUGAAUAAAAUUACAAUUGAUUUAACAACAUCUGAAGACCAACAAAUAUAAAUAACUUGCAAUGAAAAUAUGGCAGAUUUUAAAAGAAAAGUUGCAGAAUAGGAACUUUAGAUCCCAUUUGAUCAUAUAGUUAUUGUUGGUGAAGACGAGAAAGUUUAUACGUAAACCUAGGCUUUUCAAGCCGAAAAUUAACAAAAAAUUUUUAAGGUUUUCGAUGUUACUAAAAUAUAUGAAUAAAAUAAUCAAUACAAGUAAGUAAUACAAGACUUAAAUUAAUAACUAUAAUAAAAAGAUCAAGAAAUUUAAUAGUUUAAAGUAAAUAUCGAUUAACUCAAUAAAUAAUAAAACCAAUAGAGUUAAGAAGCUUAGUAAUAGAAAAAUCAUUUUGAAAAUUAAAUUAUAUAAAAUAAUUAAUAAAGUGAGUAAAAAAUAUAAGAAUUAUAGAAUAAAAUUUAAGAGCAAGAAACUUAAUUACAUUAAGUAAAAACCGAAUAUAAGGACUUAUAAGAAUAAAAUAACAAACUUAAUCAAGAUUUAAACUAAUCAAAGAAUGAGAAUACAAAUCUAAACUAACUUAUCAAAGAAAUUAAAGAAAAUUCAUAAUAAGAAAUUUUAUAAUUACGGGAUAAAUUAUAAGAAGCUUUACAGUAUUAUUAAUAUUAUCUAAAUUAAUUUUAGUAAUCAUCAUAAUAAUUAGUAGAACUGGGAUAAUAAUUUUAGUGUUUAUAAUAUUAUUAUUAAGAAGCUUAAAAUGAAAAAAUUGGAACCACUUAAACUAUAGAACAAUUAGAAUAAGAAAUACAAAAAUUAAAGAAUGAAAAUAAGAAUUAAAAAAAAAAAAUGGAAGAUGAAUAUGAUUAAUAGAUUGAGUAAAAAGAAGAAGAAAUUUAAAAAUUAAGAUAUGAUUUGCAGAAGAAGGAUAAAAAAUAUUAAAAUUUAGAAACAGAAUUUUAAAUUUUAUAAAGUGAAAAGAACUAAUACAAUAUUGGUCCCUGAUUAUGAG